UCCGAGAAAUCUCUCAUUUUCGGCUUUUCACCCUCGUCUCUCGUCUCCUUUCCUUCCGUUAGGGUUCAGAGCAAACCCUAGAAUCCGCAUCGACCCCGCGAAAAACCCCUCCCGGAACCCCAAAAACCCUUAAAGGCGAAACAGAACCCUAGCUUCGGUAAUCCUAGAUCGAUCAGAGCCUCGGCCCUACGAGGCGAAUAAUCGAAAGGUAAGAUAUGUCAACAUCGGCACGACUUUCACAGGAGGAACAAUCUUCAGCUUCCACUGAGACACCAAUAUCUCAAAUUGUAGAAUCACCUAUUGGAGGACAAAAUUCUACUCUGCCACCUUCAGUAUCAACCUCCUUAACCUCACCUUCGCCUAUUGGAGGACCGACUUCUAGCACGGCGACACAAACUGCAUCUACUCCAGCUCAAGAUUCUGCUCCAUCAACUACACUGAUUGCUCCCAUAACUCAUGCUGCAAACCCAGCAGCUCCAAGGGGUAUUCUUGUAAAUCCAAAUGACCCAUCCCAAGAUCCGGUUCGAGCUAAAUAUGCUGGCUCACCAGGCUAUGUUGUCCCUGCUCCGUCUUUUUCUUACAAUGCGUUCCCUAGGGUGAGCCCUGCAGUGGGGAGCAACCAGCAAUCUUCACCGGCACCUGCAUUCAGAUUGACUCCUCCAAUGCCUCCAGCAGCACUUCAACCGCCUGUACCUGGGCAGUAUUUAGGGAACAGACCUUCUUUCUCAUAUAAUGUAGUCCCGCAUGCUAAUUCUAGUUUGCCUACUGGUCAGCAGUUUCAACUUAACACUGCUGCAAAUCAAGCUCACUUGCAAAGUGGAAACAUUGUCCCACAAAAUACUGCUGUACGAUCACAACCUCCAGUUCCAAUGCUAUCUGUUCGUCCUAACACAAUUUUCUCUGGACCUAUCAUGCCAAAUCCUCCGGCACCUGUUAGGUUGCCAGUACCUAUGCCAAAAGGAGAUCCAUCAAAACCAAGUAACUUUUCUUUCAGCAGCAAUUCACCACAGGCACCAGUAGAAGCAUCUGAGAAAGAAUUACCUUCUAACACAGGAAAUUCAGGUGCUGUGGCUUUGGAAUCUGGUUCAUCCGGAACAUCAGUAACUUCCCAGCCUUCAUCAAGUUCUGGGACAUCUGUACCUAAUCCUUCGUUAGUCUCUUCUACUACUACGAGCCAUUCGACAACUAUGACUUCUCCUAUGAGACCCUUAGUUCCAUCUUCUGCUUCUCUGAUUCACACUUCAACUUCUCCAACUCCGGUUAUACAGAAUGUUCACCAGUUUUAUCCAACCUAUCCUUCAGCACCUGCUGUUGUUCCACCUUCACAGCCUCCUUGGGUUCAUACUCCACAAGUUGGUAGCUUGCAACGCCCACCAAUCUUACCGUAUGCUAUUGGCCCUCCUGCACUAUUUCCUUCACUGAUGCAUGGUGUGCCUCAGUCUGCUACUCCACUAAAUAAUUUUUGGCCUCCCGGCGUUUCCACCAAUGUUUCUUCCGAAGAACCAAAAUCAACCAGUGCAGGAUCUCAACAAAUUGCUGAUUCUUUGGUCACUAAAUCACCUCCUACAGAUCAUGAUAAAGAAACUAGCGAUCUUCGCAAAGAAGAAGGAACUGUGAAGACUGAAGAUGCUGAUGCAUGGACUGCACACAGGACGGAAUCUGGUGUGGUCUAUUAUUACAAUUCUGUAACGAAAGAAUCCACCUAUGAAAAACCUGCUGGCUUUAAGGGGGAGCCAGAGAAGGUAUCAACACCGUCAGUACCAGUUUCGUGGGAGAAGCUGCCUGGAACUGAUUGGACCUUAGUGACCACUAAUGAUGGAAAGAAGUACUAUUAUGAUGCCAAGAACAAGGUUAGUUGCUGGCAACUCCCACCAGAGAUAGCAGAGCUGAAAAAAAAUCAAGAGAAUGAUUCCCUCAAAGAAAAUGUGACCCAACUGCAAAACUCUGGCUUAUUACCAGAUAAAGGGUCUGCGACUGUCAGUGCGAGCGCUCCUGCUGCGCUGACAGGUGGCCGUGAUUCAGUGUCUCUGAGGACGUCAGGUACACCAGUUUCGUCGUCAGCAUUGGAUCUGAUCAAAAAGAAGCUUCAGGAUGCUGGCACUCCCGGCACCACACCUCCUCCGGCUGUGGGGUCUGGUACAUCUGAUUUGAAUGGCUCAAAAGCAGUUGAGGCUGCAGCUAAGGGACAGCAAGUUUCUAAUAACAAGGAUAAGCCGAGAGGUACUGAUGGGGAUGGACUUAUGUCGGAGUCCUCAUCUGAUUCAGAUGAUGAGGAAAGCGGACCGACUAAAGAGGAAUGCAUUAUUCAGUUCAAGGAGAUGCUCAAAGAACGAGGAGUGGCACCAUUUUCAAAGUGGGAGAAAGAGCUGCCGAAGAUAGUGUUUGAUCCACGCUUUAAGGCUAUUCCUAGUUAUUCCGCUAGGCGGGCUAUCUUUGAGCAUUAUGUUCGGACACGUGCUGAAGAGGAGCGCAAAGAAAAAAGAGCCGCUCAAAAGGCUGCAAUGGAGGCAUUUAAACAAUUACUAGAAGAAGCCUCAGAGGAUAUUGAUCACAAAACUGACUACCGGACAUUUAAAAGAAAAUGGGGCAGUGAUCCACGAUUUGAGGCCUUAGAUCGGAAGGAACGGGAGCUUCUUUUCAAUGAGAAGGUAAAGGCUGCUGACGAGAAUUUUAAAGCAAUACGGAUGGCUACUAUUACUAGCUUCAAGUCAAUGCUUCAGGAAAGUGGAGACAUAACUUUGAAUAGCCGGUGGUCCAAGGUGAAAGAUAAUUUUAGGAAUGAUCCACGGUACAAAGCAGUAAAUCAUGAAGAGAGAGAGAUUUUAUUUAAUGAGCAUAUAACUGAACUAAAAUCUGCCGAAGACGAAGCUGAACGAUCUGCCAAAUCUAAAAUGGAUGAACAGGAGAAAUUAAGGGAGAGAGAACGUGAAACGAGAAAAAGAAAAGAAAGAGAGGAACAAGAAAUGGAGAGAGUAAGAUUAAAGAUUAGGAAGAAGGAGGCUAUAGCAUCUUAUCAAGCUUUACUUGUCGAAGCAAUAAAAGACCCAAAGGCUUCUUGGACUGAAUCCAAGCCAAAGCUAGAGAAGGAUCCCCAAUGCCGCGCAACAAAUCCAGAUCUCGGCCAAGGUGAUGCAGAGAAGUUAUUUAGGGAGCAUAUUAAGGAGUUGUGCGAGCGAUGUGCUCGCGAAUACCGCACACUUCUCUCGGAAAUCAUAACUCCCGAAGCGGCAGCCCAACCGGCAGAUGAUGGUAAGACUGUUCUGACUUCUUGGAGCGAGGCGAAACGCAUUCUGAAGCCCGACCCAAGGUACUCCAAGUUGCCCAGCAAGGAUCGUGAGUCUAUUUGGCGCCGAUAUGCUGAUGACAUGAUCCGGAAGCAGAAGCAGAAGUCCGAUUCAAAGGAGAAACCUGAUACAAAUGGGAGAAAUAGAACCUCCACUGAUCCUUCGAGGAGGUCCAAUGGCUGGAGGUAGCUUUUCGUGUAGAUUGAUCUGUUGUUUUUGUUUUCCGCUAUUGUAGAAAACUGUUCGAUAUCAGCUGCAAAACGAGAGUAAGCUUGUCGGGCUUUUAGCAUUAACACUUGCAAUUUCGUUAUUUGUAGUAGAACGAAAAUAAUCAUCCGAGGUUUCGUCUCUAUUAUUAUAGAUAUAGAUAGGACUUAAAAACUCGUCAAUUCUUUUUCUUUUCUUUUCUCUAUUUUUGGGUGUUAGUGGUAUUCAUGUAACACUUUGACACGUUGUUGGAGAUGUAACACUUUUGUUAACGGAUGGAAAACUCAGGUUGAUAUUUUCAGA